AUGCCCACCGCAACAGAAGACCAGCUCACUAAAGUUUCCACGGAAGCGGCCACUGAGCUCGUCCAUACCUUUUACCCGGCCAUCAAUAACAAUCGCGAAUCCAUCAGCACCUACUAUGCGCCGACUCCCACAAUCCUUCUUAAUGGAAACCUUGUUGUAGAUGGGGCUGCUGUUCAAGAUAUCUUCGCGAACCAAAUGCCCACAGCGCAUUAUGAAGUCCAAUCCUUCAACUGCCAAAUCAUCAAUACAGCCUACCCCACAGUCACACCCACUGGAAUCAAGCCACGCUCAGAGAUGACUAUCAAAGAUAUGUCUAUUCUAGUCAUAGUCAGCGGGCAUGUCAGGUACGGUGACGAUCGCAACUUGCCGCAUCGUGGCUUCAGCGAGACUUUUACAUUGAUUCCCAACCCGGCCUCCGAUCGCAAACGCCUGAGGGAUUGGCUGAUCCAAACCCAGAAUUUCCGGCUUGUUGUCUGA